UUUAUGUUUCUCUUUUUUUUCCAAGGCAAAAGGAACUCUCUUCCCAGAUGAACAUGUUAAGUGUCCUGUAAUAAUAAUAUUAAUAAUAAUAAUAAUCAAAACACUACUAUACAAUCCAAGGUGUGGUGCUUUCUUUCUUCACUCUCAGCAAAAUGGAAACAGAAGCCGAGGUAAUCCCUAUAUGGCAAAAUAAACCACAUGGAUCCACUCGUAGUGUGGUGAGACGAAUCGGCUCGACGCUGCCUCUUAAACCUUGUCCCAGGGCUUGUUUUCAGGAACUCCCAGGCCUUCCACCAAUGCGUUCUAUGGACGGUCCUUUGGUGCCUACAUUAGCAGAUAUUGCCUGGAUUGCAGAUGAUGAGGAGGAGACCUAUGCCAGAGUCAGGAGUGACACGCGUCCCCUGAGGCAUGAGUGGAGGCCAACUCCAAUGCUGGUUAUGCACAGGAACUCGUCUGUGCCAAACUUCAGGCGAGAAGGCAGGCGAGUCGAGGGUCUGAGGAAACCAGGAGUAACCGCUUUAAACCGCACUACAGCUUUACAAGAUGAGCUAAGUCGACUCCGAGCCCAAAUCGCCAAGAUUGUUGCUUCAGAAUCAGAUUCGAAUCCCAUAACCCCUGACCUGCUGUCCCCUGACGACACUAGUGUGGGCUUCUCCAUGGCUCACUUUGAGGCAGCUGCUUACCAGCCAGCCCCUUCAGCCUCCUUUGUGAUCAGUGAUGUCACAGAGGAGGAGGAAGAAGAGGAAGAGGAUGAAGAGGAGGAGGUGUCCGAGCUAGUGCCUGAUCCUGUGCCACCUGUUUCCAUGAUUGCAUCUGCAACUUUUGAUCUCGAUCGCCCUACGAUGGACUUCCGAGAGCCAGAGGAGGACACUUUGUCUCUUUCAAAAUCCACAAGCUUUGCUGAUGUUAUGGACAUCCUGAAAGACAUGAACCGAAUGAAGAUGAGCAAGGAAAGAUAUAACCGUGGUUGCAUCUCACUAAGGGAAGAAAAUUCUGCCUCUCUUAUAUCUGAAGCAUUGAGGAAGAAAUUCAUUCUGAAGGAUGAUGACAUCGGUAUGAGGAAAUAAUCAAUCGUCUGAACCCUGGCAGCAGACUCUCCAUGUAAGGCUAAACUGCAUGGAGUGCUUUUUCUCUUUGGUUUAAAGCUGGAGAUUGACAUACAGAACCAAGACAAUAAAACAUGGCUGUGAAUUUUUAUGUACUUAAGUCUUAUCUUAUUUUUCCCACUGGGUCAAUAGGCCUGUGCCUGUGGCACAUUGCCAUGAAAACCCCAUAAAGCCUCUGAAUAAACUUAGUGGAGAUCUUCUACGUUCCUCAGCUAUCCCACAAUGCUGCGCUGUUGUGACAUGAAUGGAAAAAAAAAGAAGCAGUUCUCAUUAGUACACACACAUACACACUCCAACUUGCACUGAGCGGCCAAGUUUGUAAAGUCUGUGUGUGCACAUAAGGGUCCAUAAGCAUAUCCUGGAUCAGUGAUCACUGAGCCUUUGUUGUUCCAUCAUAGAUUUUGUGAAAUCCAAGCACUACUUCCUGUUUCAACAUCAUCCUUUUGUUAAUUUCAGUAGGACCGUUUAUCAACAAAAAGUGCAUUUCACACCAUAUUAGAAGAUUCCUGGAGGAGCCCAGUUCCAGUUUGUCGUCUUGUAGAUGUGUAUAGUUUGGAACUGUAGAAGUCUUUCUCUUGCCUUACACGUUCCCUCAUACAAACCCUGUAAUACUUGAAGCUGUUUUAAUGCGUGAUCUGAUGUUCAAAUACUGACAUGCAUUUGCCUCUGUUUAGAAACUAAGCAAAAAGAAGUUCUUCUAUUUAAAUGGUUUUUGUGCAUGUGCACUGAAGACUUUAGAUUGCAUUCACUUGUAAUUAGCGCUCUGUGAUGUUCCCUUCUACCCUACAGAAUUUUGAAGUGUAUAUUGUGCCAGAAAACUGAUGUGGUUCAGCAAAUAGUGUAACAUAAGUUUGAAUUCAUAAUGUGUGUGGUUUAUCUUCAGGAAGCACAUUGGAAAAUAACUUUUUUUGGUUUUUGCUUGUGUCAGGCAGGUUAUUAAUGUUUCUGUAAAAUCUGAAUAGCAUGUGUGUGAUGUGGUGUUGGGUGUGACUGUAAGCCAGUUUUCAGGACGCCUCAUGUUUUAUAUGAUGAUGAAGGAUGCUUUUUUCCUUUUGCAAACUGUAACAAAAAGCUAUUUUAAUGCAUACGCUGCUUUUGUGCCAUGAUUACUCACUAAAGUGGGAAUCAAAGUCCAAAAUCCAUUUUUUUUUUUUUUUUUACAUUUUUGUUUAGACAUGCCUGCAGCAGUUUGUUUCGUCUGUCUGACACAUUGCAUUGGAAGCUUUUGGUAUUUUUAAUCCAAAACAUUUCUUCUCAAACUCCACAAUACUCCAGUGCAGUGAAAUGCUUUUAGUAUCACUUAUAGUUACUCUCACAACAUCGUUAAAAGCAAUGACUACCUAAAAUAAGUUUUGCUAGUUUACAGUACAAAUGUCUUUAUAAUAAGAGUUAUAUUCUCAACAAGACUUGUUACUAUCAAUGCUAAUGAGUGAAUAGAGCUGUAAUAUAAAACGUUAUAUAUCAUGCGCUGAAUAUACUAACGUAUGUUCCUGUACCUGUCAGUAACGGGUAAAAUGUUUGUGUGCUGCUCUUUCAUUCUGACAGCUGGGUUUCAUUUAUAGUUUUAACCAUAGUAAACUGCAAGUUUGAGUUGAUUCAGGUCAGUCUUGCAGUGCAAUGGUUUCCUUUAGGAGACAGAAACUUGUGUGCUUGCUUGUUGUCAAAUAAGGCAAUUAUAUUGACUGUUUAUGCGUCAGACAGGAAAUAAAUGGUUUGAAAGCAUAAAAAAA